AGCACUUCCUCAGAGGAGAGCGACGUGCCGCCGGGGCAGGGAGGUGAGUGAGCUGCACGCCCGGGCUGUGUGACCCGAACCCGCUCGCUGCCAGCCCGCACCGACAGGCAACGCCGGCAAGAUGGAGCAGGCAUGUGAUGAUAUAGAUGAAAUGUUCAGCAAUUUACUGGGGGAAAUGGACCUGCUAACACAGAGUUUAGGAGUGGAAACCGUCCAGCCUCCAUCCCCCAAAGCAUCUAAUAAAGAGUAUAACUUUACAGUUGGCUUUACAGAUUUAAAUGAAUCUUUAAUUACGCUGGAGGACAGUGACUUGGAUGCUUUAAUGGCUGAUCUGGUAGCAGACCUAAGUGAAGUUGAACAGAAGACAUUACAAGCAAAGAAUACUUCUUCUCAAUGCCCACAAACUGCAGUCACUCAGCCUUCAACAGGUGUUUGUGCUGCUGCUUCUUAUGGUUGUAAAUCAAAUGUCCCUGUUGUCACUGGGCAUUUUGAAGAUGACUUGCCCCCUCCACCUCCAGAUCCUGUUUUUGACCUCCCACUACCACCUCCCCCUCCUGAACCACUCACUCAGGAAGAGCUAGAGGUACAAGAAAAAGCUGACAAAAUUAAACUUGCAUUGGAAAAAUUGAAGGAAGCCAAGGUUAAAAAGCUUGUCGUCAAGGUGCACAUGACUGAUAACAGUACUAAAGCACUGAUGGUGGAUGAACGACAGAUAGCACGGGAUGUUUUAGAGAACCUCUUUGAGAAAACCCACUGUGAUUGCAAAGUGGACUGGUGCCUGUAUGAAAUAUACCCAGAACUACAAAUUGAAAGGUUUUUUGAAGACCACGAAAAUGUUAUUGAAGUCUUAUCAGACUGGACCCGGGACAGUGAAAAUAAGGUUUUGUUUUUGGAAAAAAAGGAAAAAUAUGCUGUGUUCAAAAAUCCUCAGAAUUUCUACCUGGCAAACAAAGGAAAAAAUGAAAGCAAGGGAAUGAAUGAGAAAAACAAAGAGUGUCUACUGGAGGAAAGCUUCUGUGGGACAUCUGUCAUUGUGCCAGAACUUGAAGGGGCCCUUUAUUUGAAGGAGGAUGGAAAAAAGUCCUGGAAGAGGCGCUAUUUUCUUCUACGAGCUUCUGGAAUUUAUUACGUCCCCAAAGGAAAAACCAAGACAUCCCGGGAUUUGGCUUGCUUUAUACAGUUCGAGAAUGUGAAUGUUUAUUAUGGUAUUCAGUACAAACUGAAAUUCAAGGCACCUACAGAUUACUGCUUUGUCUUAAAGCACCCGCAGAUUCAAAAGGAGUCACAAUAUAUCAAGUAUUUGUGCUGUGAUGAUCAAUCGAGUCUACAGCAAUGGGUAACAGGAAUAAGAAUUGCCAAGUAUGGCAAGACACUGUAUGAUAACUACAAACGUGCAGUACAAAGGGUCAGCUUGGCCUCUCAAUGGGCAAACCUUGUGACUGUGGAACCAGCUGUCACUGCAGGAUCAUUCUUGACAGGUACUGCUCAAACAAAUGGACAGAUUCCCCAGAACACACCCUCUGCCAGGUUGGAGACCCAGAAACACACUGAGAUGACAAAGGAUAAGAAACCAAAUGAUGUCAAUAGCUGCCAUUUAGCGCAACCGACUGGCCAACCGCAGACAUACCAGAAUAAACGUGCCUCAAUAAAGCCUCCACCACCACCACAAAGACGAUCUUCAGCUGUGAGCUCUGUACCUCUUCUACCUGUCCAACCCAAACGUGAAAGCUUAGUUUUCUCAUCAGAUCCAGACACUUUUCCAGCACCUCCACCUGAAAUGGCAGAUGAUUUGCCACCCCCACCACCUGACUUCGGUGAAGAUCCUCCAGAUUUUGUGCCCCCCCCACCACCCACCUGUAGCAGCAGCAAUGAAGACCUGUUACCACCCCCUCCACCUCCUCCUCCUCAGGCUUCUGUCUGCACUAAGCCCCUACCUGUGACAAAGAAACCUGUGCCACUUCCACCAAAAAGGCAAGAGAACACUGAACGGAUGGAAGAAUCAAAGUCAAUGGGGCUCCCUCCAUCUGGAGGUGGAAGUGGACAAGUAUUAAGUGAAUGA